AUUAUGUUACAUUUUUUGAAUUAUGUUUUAAAUAUGUGUAUAUAGGAUACAUUGUAUGCUAGCAGUUCAACUGGAGUUAGCAUGCUAGAAUCCCAGCUAUUUAUAACCAAAUACUGUACAAAUGUAAUUCCCACCACAUAAUAAUACCACCACAUAAUGAACUGUGAUGUUAAGGACAGAAUGUGAUGGUAAUGACAAAAUGUAUUAGUUCAUACAUUUUUACUUACAUUAAGACCUGCAAAGACACACAAACUACACAUGUGAUCAUGGUUAGUUGAAAUUGAAUACUUAUUUACUAAAUAAGACCAUUACAUUUUCUAUUAUGUUAGGAUGAUUGAGGGAUUUUGAUGCCUAUUUAUAUGACGUACUAUGGUUACUGACUUUAAUUGUAUUAUAUUUUAUUUUUCUAUAAGAGAUGACAUGGACAUACACUAUAUAUUCAAAAGUAUGUGGACACCCCUUCAAAUUAGUGGAUUCGGCUAUUUCACCCACACCCGUUGCUGAAAGGUGUAUAAAAUCGAGCACACAGCCAUGCAAUCUCCAUAGACAAAAUUGGCAGUAGAAUUGCCCGUACUGAAGAGCUCAGUGACUUUCAACUGGUACCGUCAUAGGAUGCCACCGUUCCAACAAGUCAGUUCGUCAAAUUUCUGCCCUGCUAGAGUUGCCCCCGGUCAACUGUAAGUGCUGUUAAUAUGAAGUGGAAACAUCUAGGAGCAACAACGGCUCAGUCGCCAAGUGAUAGACCACACAAGCUCACAGAAUGGGAUCACAGUGCUGAAGCGCGUACAAAUCGUGUCUUCGGUUGCGAUACUCACUACCAAGUUCCAAACUGCCUCUGGAAGCAAGGUCAGCACAAUAACUGUUCGUCGGGAGCUUCAUGAAAUGGGUUUCCAUGGCAGAGCAGCCCGCACACAAGCAUAAAAUCACCAUUCGCAAUGCCAAGUGUCUGCUGGAGUAGUGUAAAGCUAGCUGCCAUUGGACUCUGGAGCGUUCUCUGGAGUGAUGAAUCACGCUUCAUCAUCUGGCAGCCCGACGGACGAAUCUGAGUUUGGCGGAUGCCAUGAGAACGCUACCUGCCCAAAUGCAUAGAGCAAACUGUAAAGUUUGAUGGAGGAGGAAUAAUAGUCUAGAGCUGUUUUUAAUGAUUCCGGCUAGGCCCCUUAGUUCCAGUGAAGGGAAACCUUAACGUUACAGAACACAAUGACAUACAGAAAUGGUUUGUCGAGAUCGGGGUGGAAGAACUUGACUGACCUGCAAAGAACCCUGACAUCAACCCCAUUGAACACCUUUGGGAUGAAUUGGACCGCAGACUGCGAGCCAGCCCUAAUCGCCCAACAUCAGUUCCCGACCUCUCUAAUGCUCUUGUGGCUGAAUGGAGGAAAGUCCCUGCUGCAAUGUUCCAACAUCUAGUGGAAAGCCUUCCAAGAAGAAUGGAGGCUGUUAUAACAGUAAAGGGGCGAGCGACCAACUCCAUAUUAAUGUCCAUGAUUUUGGAAUUAAAUGUUCGAAGAGCAGGUGUCCACAUACUUUGGGUCAUGUAGUGUAUAUUAACAAAAUCAAACAAGAUCCUUUAAGAUACCAGGAGUAUCUUUUAAGAAACAAAAAGAAAGAUACCUCAAGAGAAAAUAAAGUGGUGAACUGAAAUCCAUCUCACAACUUUCCCAGCGAGAAAAAAGAAAAGAAGGAGGCCAUAGAAAAUAAACCAAAGAAACAGAAGAUCAACUAUCUAGAAAAUAGUGGUUAUGGAGUCAUACCUGUCAAGGAACACACCACCACACUCACCUGAAGUCUUACAGCUUCAGAAUGAUGACCUAACUGCCCCUCAAAUGACUCAAAUGACUCCACAUCUAUGUGAUUGUUUUGGCCCAUAGACCGUAAUAAUUCAAUAUACAGAAGCAGACAAAGCACAACCUUCCACUUCCACCUGCACAGCACCACAGCCAUCUCCUAGCAGACAUACAUGAGGGACUGAUUUGAAAGUGGUGUGUUGUGAAAUAUGAUGAAGACCCUUACCCGGGUAUUAUACAAGACGUUGAUGCAGAGAGAUGCGCUCUAGUCAAACGAUAAGUUUUGUGGGAGCCAACUAAUUAUUUUGGCCAAGGAGAGAGGACAUUGUGUUGUACCAACCAGAGAAUGUGCUUGGUCUUGUCCCUGAGCCUCAUCCAGUGACAAAAUGGUAUAUGAUGCUUGAUGGCGCAGUCUGGGAGGAAAUUUGCUCUCUUGUUAGCAAUAGAGUGUGUUAAGGGCAAAACCUAAUCUUGAGUAAGCACACACCCGUCUCAUGAGUCUGAAUCAAUAGGCAGCAGCCAGUGAACAAUAAUUUGUUUAAUGUCAACCAGUGUUUCCAACCUUUUACAUGUAUUUCUGCCUAAUGUAUUGAAUCCCAAAAUGGUCUAAAAUAUGCUUAAGUUAUUGAGGCAUGUAUCUUUGUUUUUUGAGGUUUUGAAUGGUGUGUUCUACAGUUGAAGUUGGAAGUUUACAUACACCUUAGCCAAAUACAUUUAAACUCAGUUUUUCACAAUUCCUGACAUUUAAUCCUUGAAAAAAUUCCCUGUUUUAGGUCAGUUAGGAUCACCACUUUAUUUUAAGAAUGUGAAAUGUCAGAAUAAUAGUAGAGAGAAGGAUUUAUUUCUACUUUUAUUUCUUUCAUCAUAUUCCCAGUGGGUCAGAAGUUUACAUACACUCAAUUAGUAUUUGGUAGCAUUGCCUUUAAAUUGUUUAACUUGGGUCAAACGUUUCGGGUAGCCUUUCACAAGCUUUCCACAAUAAGUUGGGUGAAUUAUGGCCCAUUCCUCCUGACAGAGCUGGUGUAACUGAGUCAGGUUUGUAGGCCUCCUUGCUCGCACACGCUUUUUUAGUUCUGCCCACAUAUUUUCUAUGUGAUUGAGGUCAGGGCUUUGUGAUGGCCACUCCAAUACCUUGACUUUGUUGUCCUUAAGCCAUUUUGCCACAACUUUGGAAGUAUGCUUGGGGUCAUUGUCCAUUUGGAAGAUCCAUUUGCGACCAAGCUUUAACUUCCUGACUGAUGUCUUGAGAUGUUGCUUCAAUAUAUCCACAUAAUUUUCCUGCCUCAACCAGUACCUCCUGCAGCAAAGCACCCCCACAACAAGAUGCUGCCACCCCCAUGCUUUACGGUUGGAAUGGUGUUCUUCGUGUUGCAAGCGUCACCCUUUUUCUUCCAAACAUAACAAUGGUCAUAAUGGCCAAACAGUUUUAUUUUUGUUUCAUCAGACCAGAGGACAUUUACGACAAUGCUAAGUCAUUACGACAAUGCUAAGUCAUUACCAUCACGGUACAUAUUUCUGAGGAAAAGUUGUGUUAAAUUACAAUUGAUAUUGAUGAUUUUUCCAAUAUGUGAACCUUCAUUUCUAAAAUAAUAUAAAAUAUUGAUAUUUUGGUGUGGUAAAUACAUGUUUCUGAGUAUCAUCAAGGAAUAUACGGACAUUUAGACAUGAUGAAUACAUAUAAUUAAGAAAACUUCAAAAUCGUUAAAAAAACAUGAUCUAAAAAAACGUGAAAUGUUAUAUGAACAAUUUCUGUAAUUUUCUUUUCAACUAAAAUAGCAAAUCUUAUGACGUGGUGGUAGUGACAUUUUCCCUCUGGUAUUUGGGGUAACCAAUAAAUAUUGUUAUAUUCUUAAAUAGAAUGGUCUCAGCCAAUAUUAGAUCUUGUUUCCAGACAGAGUGAAGAAAAUAUUCAGAUAGAUGAAAAGCAGUUCAAGAGGUUUCAUUUUCAAUAACAUUUAACAUCCAAAAGUGCCCGUAUUUGCAAAAUCAACCAUAUGGUCACCUGAUUUGAUGGUCCAUAAUACAAUUAAUUUUGGUCCCUGGCUGCCUUGCCAACGUUUAGCUGAACAUCAUAAUUCAUUGCUCAUUCUUACAUCUGUCACCCAGUGCUCAUCAAUCUUAUCCCACACUUCUCCUAGCAUAGUGUAAAAAUUAUAACAUAAAGCUAUUUUAUAAGUGCACAUAUUUUUACAAUUAUUACACUGCAUGCAUCCCAUUUAAAACUGGACUUAAAGACAUGUCCUUCUGCAUAAAGAGCUGCAGCUGACUCCCGGGAGCGUUUGAUGUAUGUCCCAGGCGCUCCCCCAUGCUGGAAUGGGUUUAGAAAGGCUCUAGCUGGAUGCUCUCUGCCUGUCCUGUGGAGAGCGUCUCUGUGUUUGUCUUUGGUUGGUGACAGAGAGGAACAUGUGGUUCUGCGCUGGCCAAUGCUGAGCCUGGACAGGGACAUCAGCACUCAGACUAACAGCAGUGUUGGCACAGCAGAGGGAUCCCUGCCACCCCUGCAGGAAGCCGACACAGGAAAAACACAGUGAGAGAGAGAGGGAGGGGUGAGAGAGUGAUUAGUAACAGAAAGAAGAGGCGAACAGGAUGCAGUGGAAGAGGGAUUUUGCAAAGCAGUCAGCAGAGAGGCGAAAACAAACACAAGGAAAGACUGCUGUGUGACCAGAUUCACAAGAUGUAAAGCAGCUUCAGGAGGAACCCUGCCUGCUUGUUUGCCACUGAUGCUCUGUAACAACAACAGCAGAGGACUUGUUGUGUUUUCAAGGAUAGUGAAGGUGGAGAGGUACAAUGUGAGAAGCCCUCCUGUGGCCAAGAGGAUGACAAAUUAGCCCUUAUUCAGCAAGGAGAGACAGGAGUGCUCCGAGGAUCUGGAGAUGCUGUCUACAGCUCAGCAGAUGCUGCAGGACAGCCGUUCCAAGAUCGAGCUGAUCCGAAUGCAGAUUAUCAAAGUCACCCAGACUGGUGUUGGGGAUGGGAGCAGCAACCAUGACAGCACCAAUCAUGGAGAAGGAAGUACCCCAGUGGGUGUAAAUCCCCUGGACAUCCAUGUGGCUGAGUUAAAACACUAUGUCCAGAGAGAGACAGAGGUGGUGAAGGUGGCCAGGGAUGUGGUGAAGCAGCUUGAGGAGCUGCCAUCCCAGGACCAAUUAGCCCUGGCUGAGGCCCGGUCCCGUGUGCAAGACUCUUCUCAGAAGCUAGAUCUUCUGCGACUUUCUCUGGAUCACCGCCUGGGUGAGUCAUCUCAGGAGGCUCUCCGGGAGCCUGUCACCAAAAAGGGUCUCCCUACAGUAUCCCCACCCCAGGAGGGACAACAGCAAAAUUGCCUACUUUGCUCCUUCCCCUCCUCCACCUCCUCAUCCUUUCUCAAGCCGGCCUCCCUAACAGGCACACUUGAGGUCAUGCUUCUGGGAUGUGAGGACUUGCUGAAAUCACUGCCAGGACGAGGCCAAAUAACCAGUGGAUCGUCUUCUCUGGAGAGCCCACCAGAUUUCAAUGUCAACAGCCAACCUGAUCACACAGAAAACCUCUCCUUGGAGAUAAGUGCAGUGUUGAAACUGGAUAACAGAGUGGUGGGUCGCACCCACUGGAGACCUUUGAGCAAGCAGGCCUGGAGACAAAACUUCAGCAUCCAACUGGAGCGGUCUCGGGAGCUGGAGAUUGGGGUCUUCUGGCAAGACUGGAGGGUGAUGUGUGCAGUCAAGUACCUGCGCCUGGAAGAGUUCCUGGACAACCAACAACAUACCCUGUGUUUGUGCCUGGAGCCCCAGGGAACACUCUUCACUGAGAUUACGUUUGUCAACCCUGUGAUUGAGCGCCAACCCAAACUAAGGCGUCAAAGGUGCAUUUUCACAAAAGAGAAAGGGAAGAACUUCCUUCGUGCUGCCCAGAUGAACAUGAACUUUGCCACAUGGGGUCAUCUGAUGAUGAGUGUCCUGCCUCAAUGUUCCUUUACCACUUUGAGUCCGUCUACUUCCUCUGAUGUUGUGGUCAACCCCCCACCUUCUACCAAUAAGGCCACUCGGUUAACCCCCUUACUGCCAGGGGAAGUGCCGGUGAUUAGUCUUAACAUAAGUGAGGAGCGUUUAACAUUUAAAACGUUUAGCGUUGACCAAGGAAGAAACAUCCCCAACACGUUGUCAACAGCACAGAAAACACCACCUAUGCCUACUCUGACAGAAAAAGAGUCCUCCAUUGAAAACUACACAGAGAGAACAAGGAUGCAGAUGGAAGAUUUCAAAUGUAUCUCUGUCCUGGGAAGAGGACACUUUGGAAAGGUACUUCUAGCUGAGUUUAAGAAGACAGGAAAACUCUAUGCCAUUAAAGCCUUGAAGAAGAGGGAUAUUGUAACCCGUGAUGAAGUGGACAGUCUUAUGUGUGAGAGGAGGAUCUUCGAGAUGAUCAAUGCAUCGAGGCACCCUUUCCUGGUCAACCUGCACGGCUGUUUCCAGACCAGUGAGCAUGUUUGUUUUGUCAUGGAGUACUCACCAGGAGGAGACCUCAUGAUUCACAUUCAUAAUAACGUCUUCUCUGAGUUGCAGACCAGGUUCUACUCAGCCUGUGUUUUGCUGGGUCUAGAGUUCCUGCAUCUGAAUAAGAUAGUUUAUCGAGAUUUGAAGUUAGACAACUUGCUGAUGGAUGCAGACGGAUUUGUUAAAAUCACAGACUUUGGACUUUGUAAAGAAGGGAUGGGGCAUGGCGACAGGACAUCAACAUUCUGUGGAACCCCAGAGUUCCUGGCGCCUGAGGUGCUUACUGAUGAUAACUACACACGAGCUGUGGACUGGUGGGGCAUGGGCGUCCUUAUCUUUGAGAUGCUUGUUGGAGAAUCUCCAUUCCCAGGAGAAGAUGAAGAGGAGGUGUUUGACAGCAUAGUUAAUGAUGAUGUUCAGUAUCCUGGAUGCCUCUCUCCAGACUCCAUCUCCAUCAUUCAAAAGCUUCUUAAGAGGAAUCCAGAGAAAAGGCUGGGAGCCGGAGAAGGGGACGCAAAUGAAGUCAAGGGAGAGAAAUUCUUCAAGACUAUAGACUGGGAUGCACUGCUAGCUAAAAAAGUGAAACCUCCGUUCCUGCCAAAAAUUAAGGAGUCUGUGGAUGUCAGUAACUUUGACAGCGAGUUCACGAGUCUCCAGCCGAUCCUGUCACCUCCUCCCGUGUCCUGCAGCCUCUCCCCUGAGCAGCAGGAGGCCUUCGCAGAUUUUGACUUCUCAGCCCUGCAUGGAUGAAGCAAUCAGAGACCAGGGUUGCAUCCAGCUCAUGAAACGGUUGCAUGAACAGUUCCAUAGCACAACCUUUUCAUAACUGACAAUAACUGAAUGUAGCUCGCCCCAAUGGUACAUGUAGAUGAGGCGGACUGUCCUCACUUCCAUCAAAAGCCAUCAUCAACAAACCCAACCAAGCAGGAUAUGGGAUAUCUGCAGGUGGAAAGUAAUUUGAAUGCAACCCUGGUAUUUCUGUGCCAUGAAUUAGUCUGACGGCCAGGUUCUAUGACUGUUUCAUUGUUUAUAGUACCCAGUGACAUCCAAACAUUAACACUAGUGUGUAAUGCUCUGGAUUUCACUCAAAUAAAAUUGGCUGCCAUCUAAGAAACAUAAAGGAUUUGAUGAGAGGUCUAAUGUGGACAGAAUUUGAGCAUGCUUUGUGGCCUUUGCUUAUUUUGCUAUUAUCAGAUAACUGUUCCCUUCAGAGAGGUACACGCUGCCAUUUCUAUGCAUCACUGUGAGAGGCUUUGCCCACUGCCUUGACUGAGCAAAUGAAAAAGGCUGUUUAUUCCUGUUACAAUAUGUCUUUUCAAAAUGUUGUUCUGUGUGAAGAUGAAAAAUUCCAUGUUCUCAUACCUGGGUCCAGUUAUUCCCUACCGAUGUGUGUUUAACUACUAACUCCUACUAACAUAUCUACCUUCUACCUACCAGCCAAAUUAUUAUUUUUAGAGUGACUAAAAUGUGCAUGGCACACUUGUUGUGAACUUAGUUUUAUGUAGACAUUUUCAUGAGAGAAACCAUUAAAUAAGGUAGCCAUAUUUAUGAAUAAACCAAUAUUGUGGGAUUGAGCACUUAAUGCAAUAACGAGUGAGAUUGUGAAGUGAGAGGCUGAUAGUUGAUUAUGAUAGAAAUAGUAUUUAUUUUGCUAUUAAAACGGUUCAAUAGUUGCUGCUAAUAAUUAUGCAUUACUGUAUGAAUGUAUGUGGAUUACCACAAAGAAAUGUAAAUGAGACAAAAUGAAUGCAUAUUCAUUGAAAUCAUUAGUGUUUUAUUGUGUUGUCUAUGUCAAUAAAUACAAAAAUAUGAAUA